AUGGCACUCAUGUUCUCCGUUAUUCAGUUGCUCUUCACCAUCCUGCUUGUGCCAGAUGCAGUAACAGGCUCGACGGUGAAGACGACUAGCGGACAAGUAACCGGUCAUGCGUCGACAUCACGGCCAUCGGUGGUCGAGUAUUUAGGAAUUCCAUAUGCAAACGCUCCGGUUGGUGAUCUCAGGUUUGCACCGCCAGUUAGAUUUUUCUCUGAUAAGCCCUUUGAAGCUGCAAACUUUACCCCUAGCAAGCCAAUUAAAUAUCCAAAUGAAACAGCUGUCCUGCGGCCGAUUAUUGAAAAUUUUGCCGGCCAAAAUGUGAAGCCUCAGAGCGAAGAUUGUCUGAAAUUGAACGUUUGGGCGAAGAAAACGUCAUCUAAGAAGAAGCCGGUGUUACUCUGGAUUCACGGCGGGCGUUUUGCUAUCGGUAGUACGAACAGCCUCUUCUACCAAGGUAAAAAUCUAGCGGAUAAGGAAGACGUUAUAGUGGUAUCGAUUAACUACCGCCUCAACGUCUUUGGUUUCCCAGGUGCACCUGGCUUACCCCAGAAUCUGGGGUUGCUUGAUCAGCGGAUGGGAAUAGAGUGGGUUCGGGACAAUAUUGCCGGUUUUGGGGGUGAUCCCAACCGUAUUACUAUUUUUGGCCAGUCUGCUGGUGGCGUGGCAGUUGAUUACCAUACAUACACCUAUGUCAGAGACCCUAUCGUCAACGGUGUCAUAUCUAUGUCCGGAACAGCUUUGAGCAUGACGCCAAAUACUCCAGAGCAAUCACAGAAGUAUUGGUAUACUUUAUCUGAAGCACUUGGAUGUGGCAGUUCCGGGGAUACUCUGCCUUGCGUGAGGUCAAAACCAGCCACAGAUGUUUUAGCAGCAGUAUCCAAGGUACCACCAGAGCCCAGCAAGGCGAUUCCUCAACCGGUAUUCCAUCCGACAGUUGACGAAAAAAUCGUCUUUUCUAACUAUGAAGAACGUGCAUCUAAGGGGAUGUUUGCCAAAGUCCCAUACCUAGUCGGAAAUUGUGACUACGAGGCCGGAUACUAUAAAGUAUCUGCGUAUGCUCAGAAAAUCCCUCUAAGCGAUAAACAAUGGCACUUGUUUAACCUAGCUGGGUUCACAUGCUCUUCUUCUAGAGAAGCGAGAUACCGUGCUGCAAAUGGCGUUCCGGUUUGGCGAUAUAGAUAUUUUGGGCAAUGGCCUAAUUCAAUUCUAUACCCCGGAAGUGGGUCAUAUCACGGCAGUGACGUGUCUCAAUACUUUGGCACAGCGGAGGAUGUCAGUAACGGUACUCAAAAUACAGAUGCUGAGGUUAAAGUUUCAUCGUAUAUGAUGCAUGUGUUUGCAACUUUUGCAGCAAAUUCCCAUAGGGGUUUAUUUAAGCUCGGUUGGCCAAGUUAUAAGAAGAAUGGCAAGGUGGGACUGGCUUUUAGGAACCGAGCUCAUCCUACGUAUUUCCCUCCUUUUGUAUCGGAUAAGGAUUGUCGGCUGGUUGGCACGGAUUCAUCUUAUGCUCAAGGCGGGUUCUAA